UUUCGUCAAGUUGUCUGCUGUCCUCUGUCAAUUCCACUUUUCCUCAUAGCUAUGUUUUGAUUUCUGAGGGUUGCGCGAGCAUGGCACACGACGUCACGAGCCAUUUAACUGCCAGAUCAAGUUAAAUUGAGAAACAAGCAAUCAGUUUCAGAUAAGUUGAUUUGAAGAUGUCGAAUGCUAGGGAGGACAUUUUUCAAUCUGGUUUGGAUCAAGCAAUCAGAGAGGAAAGAUACCGUGCUGAUCAGCGGAGAAAAGAAACAGAUGGCAUAGAUAUUGUUCACUUGUUGUGCAGCUGUGGUGAACGCUUUAAAAAGAAAUUACUGACUGACUUGCUGAUUUCUUCUUCCCUAUCAUUUGAAAAGUUUAUGUUUGGAUUUUUCCGUGAACAUCCUGGAGAAUCUCAGCGUGAAAUCCUGAUCAUACAACAGCUAGCAACUUCACGGAAAGAUCAUCCGUCAGUUGUCCUUCUUGAGUACCUAGCCAAAUCUGAACGGGUUUACACAGUUACGGACAUAGUGAACAAUUUGGAAUAUGCUCAUUUAUUUAGAGUCAUAGCAGGCUUCGAACAUCAAAGCAUUCGAGCCUUAAAAGAACACUUUUCAUUGCACAGACACAGUGCAUGUUGUAAAGCACCAUUCUCUCGAAGCAAAGCCUCACAAAUUGUACCGAGAGGUUUAUCUCAGUCUGGCUACUCUUCAGGAUGUCGUUCAAACAAGGCUUAUCGGGGUAUCAUACUGCUGACUUUCAUGAAUGAUGGAAGACACCACGCGGUGCAAGUAAAAAAUAUACUUGAAAAGCCUUCAAAGGAAAGCGGGCGUUCUUAUAUUGUGUACACACUUUCUGACUUCAGCCAUUAUGUAAUAGAAAACUUUAUGAAACACAUCAUCUGGAUUAUGUCUCAGGUUGAUUUUGUUGUGCCAAUCUUGACAGAAGAGUACUUCCAAAUGCUUGAAGAGGAAAGGGACAUGGAUAGGUCAGGACUAGAUGAGAAAUAUGCUCCAUAUGUAGCAGAAGUGUUGCUAGCAGAAUGGGCAUCAAGCUUCAGGAACAAGAGGUUGCGAAGUCUCAAGCCACAGGGUGUGAAGUGGCCCUCAAGGCCAAUAUAUCCUCCUUUCCUAACUUGUGUGGAUAAACCAUCUGCAUUACCAAGCAUACUAAUAAAAUCAAAAGAAUAGAGUUGAACAAUUUAUUUUUGCAAA